AUGAAGUCAGCGAUAGUCUUUCCUCUUUUGUCCAUCUUGGUGGAAUACGCUUCCUCAUAUGCCCCUGUUAGAAAUCAACAUGGUCAUGAAAGCAAUGGUGCGUUGAUCACAGAUCCAUAUGACUAUUUUGCAACACCUCCGGAAACUGCUACCGCAAAAUGUGCUCUCAUCAACACGGUGAUGGACGAGUCUGGUUCCAUGCAGACGGAGCAGGCAUUCUUGCAAGCUACUGCUUUUCCAGGCAUGACCCAGGACCUAUACAGCGACAAGUAUGGAUAUGACUAUGUGUUCCUCUGCUCCCACGGAUUCGGGCGCAGAUUUGGGAUUGAUCCAUCCUGGUAUCGUUACCUUGGAUGCUCCUUGUUUAAUAAAGAAACGGGCCAACUACAGAAUUCGCUCAUCGACAACUGGUAUGCUGUGGGUAAACGUGAAGAUGGAUGGGCAGCCAUUCAAAAGGGUAUUGUGAAUGUGACUGCAACGAUCGAUGGAAUUGACUUGCUGGAAACUUGCAAAACGAUGGACAAGAACAUGAUCUUGGUUUCUGAUGAGGAUCGUGACGCUGAAGAUCCAACAGUCACUCUAGAAGCAACGAGAGCGAUGCUAGACCAAUACGGCUACGUCCUGAACGUUGUCGUGCCUAUCAGUAUUCUUGGUGACUUGAACAACUUGGGGAUGAGAAUCUCGAACGGUGGUGCGACCUCCACAAUUUUUGCUGCCGAUGGCGCUGGAGGUUGGAGAGCGGGAGUUUUGGACAAACCACUAAACGAAAUUGCAAAGAGUACAGGUGGUAUGUGGGCUUUUGAGCAUUAUCAUCCACUUGUAAUUGAUACGCCUGGUGCUAUUUGGGCAGUCGAAAGUGUUCGACGUGGCGUAAGAGAGUUUGAUGAGACUCUUGGCUAUUCCUUCGCAAGUGCCUUCAUUUACCUGAAAGUGCAUGAAAUCGCUUGCUCGAGCUCCACUGGUGCAAACCUCACUGCAUGUGAGACGCCUUGCCUCGGUGCAGACAAAGAAGGCCCAAGCUGCGCCAUUACGGAGUAUCUGGAUUUUUCGAACGCACCAAGCAUGGUUCCUUCAUCUGCACCAAGCAUGAGUCUUGUUCCUUCAUCCUCGCCAACCACAUCUCCGCCUUCAACUUCGCCUACGCCUGCUCUUUCAUCCUCGCCUUCACCUCCACCAACGUCUGCCCCUUCUUCUUCGCCUUCCAAGAGCCCUGUCGCUGUUCCUAACAUUCCUGACAUUCCUGACACUGAGGUUUCGGACACCACCACUUCAGGCAGCAAGGGCGACCCCCAUUUCACAACAUGGCAGGGAGAGCACUUCGAGUUUCACGGACAGUGUGAUUUGACCUUGGCCAAAGAUGCUGGCUUUGCCAAUGGAAUUGGAUUGAACGUUCAAAUCCGGACCAAACUGGUUCGGUACUGGAGUUACAUCAAGAGUGCCGCCAUUCUUAUUGGCGGCGACAUUCUCGAAGUUCAAGGUUCCGGCGACAUGGAUCGAGAAGUGUCGAACUACUGGAUCAACUUUGAAUUCCAAGGAAAGUCCACCAACAUCGGAGGAUUCCCAUUGGCCUUGUUCGAUGACCAUGUCCCAGGCCAUCCCAAACGCAGAUUUGAGAUCGACUUGAGCUCGAAGUAUCCUGGCCAAAAGAUUGUAAUUUCCACCUUUAAGGAAUUCGUCAAGGUUGACUUUGUCAAUCCUUCCACCAAUUCCUUUGGAAAUACGGUUGGUAUGCUCGGUAACUUCCAGAGCGGCCAGACCCUAUCCCGGGACCAAGCCACUGUGAUGCAUGAUUUCAGCGACUAUGGUACCGAGUGGCAGGUCCUUCCAGCCGAUGACAUGUUGUUCCAUGACCAAUCGCAUCCUCAAUUCCCAGAACCUUGCGUUCUUCCAGAGGAUCCCCGAGGACAACGUCGUCGUCUUGAUGAAAAGAGCCUCACUGUUGAGCAAGCCGAAGCUGCUUGCAGUAGCUUGAGCAAUCCAUUGGAUGUCAAAGACUGCGUCUACGAUGUUUUGGCCACCCAAGAUUUGGACAUGGUCGGCGCCUUUUAA